CACAGGUAAGCUAGCAAAUACAUUUUAAACAAUAUGUUUUACCACUGCUGUAUCUAAAUAUGUUAUAGGCACCAACCAAUUACUACUGCUGUGACUGGGAGCACUAGCUAGCAGCAUUUCAUAGAUUAUACAUUAAACAGAACUGGCCGGUUUUGGUACAGGAGGACAUUGAUGGCGAGCUAAGUGAAGGAGGCUUAGGAGCCAGGACCACCUUGGACUCCAUGUGGAUGAACUGACGACCCACCUGCUCCUUCAGGCCUGAGAGUGGUGGUGUCAGGAGUGAAAUCAUCAGCUCAACUCAGCACCAAGCAGCUGAUUGAGCUCCUGUUCUUCUCUCAGGCCAUCGGGCAUUGUAAGACCACCCCAACGCUCCAACAUGGCUUCCUGGUGCAGGUUAUGAGGUAUGCAGAGCAGAGAAUGGCUACGUUGAACGAAUACUGCGUGGUUUGUGAUGAGAGACACGUUUUCCAGAACGGCCCCAUGUUGAAGCCUGCGGUGUGCACCAGGGAACUCUGCGUCUUCUCCCAUCACACCAUGGGGGUUAUGGCAGAAGCCACGGAGGAGGUCGCCACGGGUGCAGAGGUGGUGGACCUGCUGGUUGCCAUGUGCAGGGCGGCUCUACAGUCCCCACGCAAGAACAUUAUAUUUGAACCUUACCCAUCCGUUGCAGAUCCAAACAACCCCAAAAUUCUGGCUUUUAGUCCGAAGAGAAAGAGCUACGAGAGGCUACAAAAAGCCCUGGACAGUAUCCUGUUCAUUCGGAGGAUGGCACAGGGUCCUUAUUCUGACAUUAAAAAGCAGAUGGACAGGAUGGACCCUCUUGCAGUUCCUCUUCUACAAUGGAUUUUAUCCAGUAACAGAUCUCACAUCGUCAAGCUCCCAGCCAGCAGGCAAGUGGCGUUCAUGCACACGCCUCACCAGUUCCUGCUCAUCAGCAGCCCCCCCAGCAAAGAGGCUCGUUUCCAAACCGCCCGCAAGCUUUAUGGCAGCACUUUUGCUUUCCAUGGUUCCCACAUUGAAAACUGGCAUUCUAUUUUAAGGACUGGACUUGUUAAUGCCUCCAAUACCAAGUUUCAGAUGCAUGGAGCAGCGUACGGCAAAGGCAUCUAUUUAAGCCCAAUCUCAAGCAUCUCCUUUGGAUAUUCUGACAUGGGGAAGGGGCAACACCAGAUACCAACCAAGGAGGACCUCCUGAAGAAAUAUAACCACAUCCAUAAAGUCCAACAGGAUCCGCCUGGCAGGUUUCUGCAAAGCAGGAACCUAAACUGUGUUGCGCUUUGCGAAGUAAUAACCACAAAGGACCUCAAGAAGCACGGGAACGUGUGGGUGUGCCCCGUAUCCGACCACGUGUGCACACGUUUCCUGUUUGUGUAUGAAAACGGCCGCGUGGGAGAUGUCCACAUCAACACUCAGGACUCCGACAUUCAGAGACAAAUUUUACACGUCAUUGCAACCAGGCCAAGCUGAAAAAAGGACGGAUAUACGUACCAUACAGGUGGUCACAUGACGUUUUGGGGUUGAUGCCAAAGUAGAUCAUGAGGUUUGAGCAUUUGGAAGUGAGCCCCGAAAUCAAUGAAACCUGAACUUCCUUACACGGCCUGCACUCAGUAAACACACGGGGGUCCUUGGGAACGUUUGGGAGAGUGACCAAUCACAGUGGGGCGGGGGCGGAGUCAAGUUACACACACCUCUUGGGCGGUAGGCAGGAAAUCCAAGGAAUCAUUGCUGGAAGGGGUGCAGAAUCCGGAAGAUCUAGAAAGCCGUAGCUGCUCUGCAGGAGUCCAUAACUCAAUGCAAGGGUCCAUUUAAGAAAGUCCUCAAUCUCCAAUCUUAAUUCAGAUCUUUUUAGUCACUACGAGGUUAGCCCUUUUUUCCGACACUAUUUUACAACAUCUGUGCAAAUGAUAUGCAAAUGAGAUGAUGACACACCGAGGAUAGCCAAUGAUUACCUUUUGUCACGCCCUGCAGUGACACCAAUUAGCUGCUUCAGGUGAGCAGCCUGUUGGUUUCUCUUUGGUUGUUUUGCUUUGGUUUUCCUUCCGAGCUUCCUGUACGGUUUUGUGUCGUCAUUUCAGACCUUGGCGGUCCUGAUGGGAGGAGCUACCUGACAAGCUUAUCUGUGCUACACCUUUGGUGGCAGGGGGGCGUCGUUCCAUAGCUUCUCCCAGUCUUUCGCCAAUAAUUAGAUACCGUAUUUAGUCUUUAAUAUGGUGCUUUUAGUUGCAUUAAUAAUUUAUUGCACAAUAGUUUUCUGUUAUUGCAUUUUUGCCUUAUGGCUGCUGUGUGCGGUAGAACGGAUAUUAAAAGACUCUUUCUUCAAAUCGACCUGCUUGUCUGGGAUUCAACCCAUCCUGAAGCGUGAGAUAUUUUGGAGGCGUACGAGUGUGUUCAGUGUUCAAAAUGCAUGUCUGUUGGUUUCUCUCCCAGAGGCGAGCGUUGAACGUAACAAAAAAAAAAAUUCCCAAUAUUCUUUCACCAUUAGAGUCCCAAAGAUCAACCAGUACCUCGCAAUUGACGAGUUGACUGAGUCACAGUGUCAUCUUAGUAAGAACACUAAAUUCAUCACACAGCAACUUAAUACACAAAAGGUGUUUUUUAAGUUUGAAAUGACAAAAAACCCAAAUUUUUCAAAGUUUGAAAUGAAAUGAACACUGCAAAGAACGCAACUAAACAUCCAGCUGCAGCACAAUGUUUUGGCAUGAACUAUAAAUUCCUUCAUUCAUUUUCUACCGCUUAUCCUCUGGGACCCUGUUGUACAUUCUUUGAGUUGUUGAAAGAGAACAGUAAACUUGCAAAAAUGUCAUUUAUAGUGGCUGCACGACGGCCGAGUGGUUAGCGCGCAGGCUCCCCGUGCAUGUGUGGUUUUUCUCCGGUACUCCGGUUUCCUCCCACAUUCCAAAAACAUGCUAGGUUAAUUGGCCACUCCAAAUUGUCCAUAGGUAUGAAUGUGAGUGUGAAUGGUUGUUUGUCUAUAUGUGCCCUUGGAUAGGCUCCAGCACCCCCGCGACCUUUGUGAGGAUAAGCGGUAGAAAAUGAAUGAAUGAAUUUAUAGUU